ACCCCGGGAACCCAGCAGGAGACGCGUCUUUACCAUUUGGACGACGGGGAACGGGUUUUUAGAGACCCAGGGUGUGGGAAAGAGGCGCAGGACGGCAGCAGAUGACUGGUUGGCCCUUAGGCCAAGGGAAAGGUGCACGUGGGACGCCGACUGGCUCCUCUAUUGAAAUUUCCGGAGAAAGCCCCAUGUUUCUGGGGAGCAAGAUGAUGGCGGAGAGCUGAGUGCGAGAGAGAAAACCUCUUGUGUUGGAAGGGAUUGAUUUGGGGCCAUGUACAAGCAAAUGGACAGUGGAUUACCUAAGCCAAGUUGGAGGGAAGAAAGAAGUAAAGAUUCAUGUUGCUGCAGUUGCACAGAUGGACUUCAUUAGUAAGAACUUUGUAUAUAGAACUUUACCUUUUGACCAGUUGGUCCAGAGGGCAGCUGAAGAGAAGCAUAAAGAAUUCUUUGUUUCAGAGGAUGAGAAAUACUACUUACGGUCACUUGGAGAAGACCCUAGAAAGGAUGUUGCAGAUAUCAGAAAGCAGUUUCCUUUGUUGAAAGGAGAUAUUAAGUUUCCAGAAUUCUUCAGAGAGGAACAAUUCUUUUCCAGUGUUUUUCGAAUUAGUUCACCAGGAUUACAACUAUGGACUCAUUAUGAUGUAAUGGAUAAUUUGUUAAUACAAGUGACAGGAAAAAAGCGUGUUGUACUCUUCAGUCCUCGAGAUGCCCAGUAUUUAUAUUUAAAAGGUACUAAAUCAGAAGUACUGAAUAUAGAUAACCCAGACUUGGCUAAAUAUCCACUUUUUUCCAAGGCUAGAAGAUAUGAAUGUUCCCUUGAAGCUGGGGAUGUAUUAUUCAUUCCUGCUUUAUGGUUCCAUAAUGUAAUUUCUGAAGAGUUUGGAGUGGGAGUGAAUAUCUUUUGGAAGCACCUUCCAUCUGAAUGCUAUGAUAAGACAGAUACCUAUGGAAACAAAGAUCCUACAGCAGCAUCAAGAGCUGCACAAAUUUUGGACAAAGCCUUGAAAACACUGGCCGAAUUACCAGAGGAAUAUAGGGACUUCUAUGCACGACGAAUGGUCCUACACAUUCAAGACAAAGCCUACAGCAAGAACUCUGAGUAAAUAAUGAAGUGAAUGCAAUGUACAUCAACACUUUAGUAAGGUAUAAUGAUAUAAAUUGUUCUGUUAAAAUAGGAAAGAUACAUCAGAUUUACAGAUUAUAUAAGUAUGAAGGGGUGUUUGUGUGCAUUCUACUUGAUAUAGAUUGUUAUAAUUAAAGAAUGCUGUGCUUGGACCACUAUUUAACAUUCAGAUGCUGACCACUAAAAGUCCAACUUAAAAUGACUUAAAAACGGUAAGAAAAUAUAUUGGAUCACAAUACAUGAAAUCUAUUGACAGAAUGGGCUGCAGUGUUUCUGAUCUAGUGAUUCAGUAAUGUCAUCAAGAACCUUGAGAGCCCGUCUCCACACCCCACCCCCUUUUCAACCACAACAUUGGCAUCAUCCUAAGGCUGGCUACCCUCGUGGUCAUGGGAUGAUUGCCAGUAGCAGUUGGAGCCUUGUGCAUCUUCAUUUACAUGCAGCGGAAGAGUCAGGCUGGAUUCCAGGGGCCCCGUCCUAAUAUGAGAAAGCUUUCCCAGAAUUCAUUUUCCAUAUCCUUAGGUCUCAUUGCUCUAAAGUAACUUAGACCUGUCCAUCCCUAAGCCAGUCACUGGCAAAGAGUUUGGAAUAACCUUUAUGGCAGUCAGGUCCACUGGAGCUGAGAGUAGAAGUGGAGGCCACAUAAGGGAUAUAUGGGGGCAGAAAGGAUAGUUUUUUUUUAAAUCCUGGUUCUGAUAGGAAAAACAUGAGCAACCAACAAUAUUUAUUACAUUUGCCUAGAAGCAGAAUUUUUUGAGGAACUUUAAAAAAUGUACAGAUACUUAGGUCCCAACUUUGUAGACUGAUUCGUGUUUGGGAUUUGGUAUAGGAACUUAGUAUAGACCUCACAGGGUGUUUUGAUGCAUAAUCAGAGCUGAGAUCAACUGCACUUGAUGAUAGUGACUUGGAUUAUUAGUUUUGUGAUUAGUCCAAAACAAAUGUUUAAUCUGAUCUUGACAUUUCUUGCCACCCAGUAUGUCAGGUCUUUUUUUUGGUUUUCGAAUGUUAGAAAAUAAAUGUUUUAAUUUAUACCUAUGUCUAAACCUUAGCCUAAUUAAAGAUUUCCCAACUUUUUUCUCCACUUAUCCCUUUUUUAAAAGAAAAAAUUACUUAAAGAAUGAAUAAAUGAGAUCCUAAAAGUGCUGUCAUUGAAGACAGUGAGCCAUUGUGUGUGAAUCUCUGCUUUUCUUUGUUUUGUACCUAGUAAUUAUAUUGCAGUGUCAUUGAAGACCAGAUAAUCUUCGCUGAACAUAAAUGUGUUCAUCUAAAGAAUCUCUUAGUACAUCAAUUUGGUGCAUUUUAAUUAGAGAAAAUCAUUUUCUCUAUUGAAGAGAAUCCAUCCACUCAUGUCCUAUAAAUUAUAGUAAAUAAGAAAGGAAAAGCAUAUAAAACAUUCUGAAUUUCCUAGGUGUCUUUGGAAACAGGUUAAGUUACUCAGGUGAAUAAAAGUGAAAAAAGUCUUGUCAGAAAAGGAAUGAUUAUAUUAGUCAAAUUUAAUUACCAGAUUUUGAUCUUCAUUACUUUAAGCAAAGCAAAGAACUUCUUUAAUGAUCCCUUGUCCUUCAGUAAGGAAAAAGACAAAACUCUCCUUAGUUUACACAAUAUUUAUGGUUUUUAAUAAAUCUUGUUUUUUUCUUAACCAGCAAGAUAAUUGAUACAAAGUAUAAAUCCAGAGUCAUGUAGAAAACUUGGAAGUAUCAAUAAAACAGAUUAGUUUGUGCACUG